GUGGCGCGUGUGUGUUUGUUGACUGUCUGCUAGCUCACAAGAGAUUUAGCCUGUGAAGUAAACAGUGUUUAUUAUAACCAGUUGGCAAUUUUCUCGAGGUGCACACAUACGUCUUAACGCCGUUUAACUCUGACUCUUUAGCGCACGUAAAGCCGGAUUGCUCGUUGCCAGAUUUCUGCCAGCAGGUCACAAAGCUAAGGUUACUUUUCAAGGAUGCAGGUGACGAGGGUCGUCCUCAACUCCAGACCAGCUCUUUAUUUAUGCUCAAAGGUAAUAACGGGGCGCCAGUCGCUGAAAACUUCCGUCUCGAGGAGGCGACUUUGUCAGCUGACCUCGCCGAUGGGGACGUCCUCGUUCGGACGCUCUGCUUAUCAGUCGACCCUUACAUGCGAUGCAGAAUGAAUGAAGACACCGGCGUUGACUACGUGACCCCGUGGCAGCUCUCUGAGUGUGUGGACGGCGGAGGGGUCGGCGUGGUGGAGUCCAGCCGCUGCGGCCUUUGCGUCGAGGGAGAUGUGGUCACUUCAUUCAACUGGCCUUGGCAGACCCGUGCUGUCAUAAAAGGAAGUGUCCUGCAGAAGGUUGAUCCAAAGUUGGUUGAUGGACACCUGUCCUACUUUUUGGGUGCAGUUGGCAUUACAGGCCUCACCGCUCUGUUGGGCGUAAGGGAGAAGGGUCAUGUGACCAAAGGGGCCAAUCAGACCAUGGUGGUGAGUGGCGCUGCUGGUGCCUGCGGCUCAAUAGCUGGACAGAUCGGCAGGCUGGAUGGCUGCGUGAGAGUGGUUGGGAUUUGCGGCUCUGAUGAGAAAUGCAGGGCUUUAGUGGACGACCUGGGCUUUUCAGCUGCCAUCAACUACCGGCAGGAGGACGUCCCUGCAAGACUGACGGAAUGCUGCCCCAAUGGGAUCGAUGUUUACUUUGACAACGUGGGAGGGUCCAUCAGCGAUGCUGUAAUCACACAGAUGAACAGCGGCAGCCACGUGAUCCUGUGUGGGCAGAUCUCACAGUACAACAAGGACGUGCCUUAUCCCCCGCCGCUGAGCGAGGAGACAAAGGAAACGCUGCGAAGGAAGAACAUCACACGGGAGCGAUUUACGGUGCUUAACUACAUGAACCAAGCUGAAGCCGCCCUGUGUGAACUCAGCCAGCGAGUUCAAUCAGGCCAAAUCAAUGUGCUGGAAACUGUGGUGAAUGGGAUCGAAAAUAUGGGAGAUGCAUUUUGCUCUAUGAUGACAGGGGGAAACAUUGGCAAGCAAAUUAUAAAGAUUUCCGAGUGAAGGAACGCCUUGGGAAAUUAACCGACAGUUUCUAUCACCGUCGUUAACACUAACUUAAUCAGCUUAUAUGAGGUGUCGCAUUAAUUAGGACGCAAUGUUCUUUGACAUUUUCUUCUUGUGAAAAAUAAAUAUAGAGUGAGUGCUUGGAGGCUAGUUAAGUCUUGGAUUAUUGGUGCAGAACUUAAACAACAAAGGGCAACAUUGUAAUAGUCUCUCGUGAUAUUAACCCUCCUCCUGAAUUGCAACAAUGGAUCUUUAAAAUCUUCCAGUAUAGAAAAAUGCAGACGUUUCUUUGUGUGAAUCCCUCCACGAAGGUUAUCAAACAUGUCAAAAAAAUACGGAGCUUUAUUUGUUUUUACCGCCACCUGAAAGCUGAACAGAUUCGAGGUAAAACAAAGAAGACUGUGGUUCGUAAGCGUUUGAACUGAAACCCUCCAGCUUCCUCAGCGGGCUACGUAGCCCGAGCUAACCGUCUGCAUAGAACCACGGCCAGUGCAUGCAGCGCUCUGCUGCAUGGGAAUUUAGCAUCACUGUCUUAACGCGCAGCAAUGCGCCGGCUAGUAUACGAACUAAAGUCAUCUUUAAAACAUCAUUGUCUUAAAAUGUAUUUCUUUUUCAGCUUGACAGAAAUAAGGCAUUUCAUUUCUUUACUGAAUAAAAGAUCUAUGAGCAGCUUA